AUGAGAAGGGAUAAAAUUUACAAUUUAUCUAAUAUUUCAACAAAUGAUAAUGAUGAUGAUGACGAUGAUAUUUCGUCUAGUUCGUAUACAAAUUCAAUGGAUAAAACAUACUAUAAUAAUUAUUCUAUUGUUGAAUUAGUUAAAAAUUAUGAUGGACUUCAAGAACAUAUUGCGUCUACUAGAAUAAAUGAUUCAAUGGCCAACUGA